AUGGGAUGCUCCCAGAUGCGCGCGGACGCCCCUGGCUUUGACGCGCGAGUGGAGGAUCUGUACAGAGCGCUGCGCCACCACGUGGAGGAUGAGGAUGAGGAGCUGGACAAGUUUGCAGCAGAGGUGGACCCCUCUGAGCUGCGCCAGCUGGGCGACAAGUUCACCAGCGUCAAGGGCUACCUCCCCACUCGGCCCCACCUCAACGCCCCCGACAAGCCCUCCGACGGCCUGGUGGUGGCCGACCGCCUGACAGCCCCCAUUGACAGGCUAAGGGAUGCGGCUGAGCAGCGCCGCGUGUGA